CUGGACUUUUAUUCAUCAUGUCUUUGAGUAAGACCCUUGAGCUGGAGCACUUCGACGAACGCGACAAGGUUCGUCGUGGACGCUCCACCCGGACCAAGAGAGAUGAGUCCAGCGGCGGUGCUGGCGGGGGGUCUGGCCCCAGCUCCAGGGGCAGCAGCCUGGUACCUAGCCCUGCCCACAGCGCCAACUGCAGCUACUACCGGACCCGCACCCUGCAGGCGCUCACCUCGGAGAAAAAGGCCAAAAAGGUCAGAUUCUACCGCAACGGAGACGGGUACUUCAAGGGUCUGGUGUACGCUGUGUCUAGUGACCGGUUCCGCUCGUAUGACGCUCUGCUGAUGGAGCUGACGCGCUCUUUGUCGGAUAACCUGCAUCUGCCGCAAGGGGUGCGCACGAUCUACACCAUAGAUGGCACCAAGAAGAUCACCAGUAUGGACGAAUUGGUGGAAGGCGAGUGCUACGUUUGCGCCUCUAACGAGCCCUACAGGAAGGUCGACUACACCAAGAUCUCCGUCCCGAGCUGGAAGCCCGGCGCCAGCACUGGGCCCGGCGCACCGACCGCGGCCCGCUCCGCCACAGCGGCCGCCCCAGUGUCGACCACCAUCCCCGUCGCCUCCAAAGAGCGUCCCGAUACCAGUCGGGAGGGCCGAGAGAGCAAAGACUACAUCAAGCCGAAGCUGGUUACGGUGAUCCGCAGCGGAGUGAAGCCUCGCAAGGCGGUGAGGAUCCUGCUGAACAAGAAGACGGCUCACUCCUUCGACCAGGUGCUGGCCGACAUCACAGAGGCCAUCAAGCUGGAUUCCGGAGCCGUGAAGAGGCUCUACACGCUGGACGGGAAGCAGCUGACCUGCCUGCAGGAUUUCUUCGGGGAAGAUGACGUGUUCAUGGCGUGCGGGCCGGAGAAGUUUCGUUACGCUCAGGACGACUUUGUGCUCACACACGGCACCAAAACACCGACCUUCGUUAGCGAGUCCAGGACCAAGGUCUCUCGCCCCGCCGUCCCUCAGAAGCCUCCAACUUCCAAGACUCCCAGCAGCUCCAGUUUAUCCACCUCUAAGACUCCACCCAAAGCUCCGUCCAGAACAAAGUCUCCUGCUCCAGCCAAUGAGCCGUCGGGAUCCCAGUCAGGUGGGAAGUCGUCCAGGUCGAGCCCCUCCCCCACCAGCCCCGGCACACGACGGAGCCUCAAGAUUUCUCCUCAUCGUUCUUCCUCCACGGACGUUAACGGCGAGGCGAAGCAGACCGAUGACACCACUGCUGAAGUGAACGGAAAUCGGUCUGUUUCUUCGUCCAUGAUCAAUGACAAGUACAAAGUCGGCAAAGUAAUUGGAGAUGGAAACUUCGCUGUGGUGAAGGAAUGCGUGGAGAGGUCGACGGGACAGGAGUACGCUCUGAAGAUCAUUGACAAAGCUCGCUGCUGUGGGAAGGAGCACCUGAUAGAGAACGAGGUGGCGGUGUUGCGGAGGGUUCGACACCCGAGCAUCAUUGAGUUAAUCGAGGUGGAUGAAACGCCGUCUCAGCUGUUUCUGGUCAUGGAGCUCGUCAAGGGUGGCGAUCUGUUCGACGCCAUCACCUCCUCCACAAAGUACAGCGAGCGUGACGCCAGCGCCAUGGUGUUCAACCUGGCCGGAGCCGUCAAAUACCUGCACAGGAUGAACAUCGUCCACCGAGACAUCAAACCAGAGAACCUGCUGGUAUGUGAGUAUCCAGAUGGCACAAAGUCUUUAAAGCUGGGUGACUUUGGUUUGGCGACGGUGGUCGAAGGACCGCUGUACACUGUGUGCGGCACACCGACGUAUGUCGCACCAGAGAUCAUCGCUGAGACCGGGUAUGGUCUGAAGGUGGAUAUUUGGGCGGCAGGAGUCAUCAACUACAUCCUGCUGUGUGGAUUCCCUCCAUUCAGAAGUGAGAAUAACGUCCAGGAGGAGUUAUUUGAUCAGAUCCUCAGAGGGAAGCUUGAGUUUCCAUCUCCAGACUGGGACAGUGUCAGCCUGCCUGCCAAGAUGCUGAUCAGUCAGAUGCUGCAGGUGAACGUAGACGCUCGUUUCACUGCUGAGGAGGUCCUGUCACACCCUUGGGUGACGGAUGAGGCUCCUGUUGACUCCAACACUGUGAGCAGCACUGAAGAGCAGACCAGCGGAGAAACACUGGAACCAGAGCAGGAAUCCCCAAUUCUGGAAACCAAACAAAUUCCUUCCCCUAUGGUCUAG